AUGUCCUUUGAUGGAGAAAAGAUUGUCGGUCUUCGAGCGUGGCCACACAAUACCCGAGCGAACGGGCGUGCGCGGGUCUCUCGAGGUGUUGCAAAUGAAGAAGACAUUUGUAAUGCCCUUUUCUCCGUUCUGGAACUUUGUCAAGGGACGGCUGAACAAAUUACCCUGGUUGGUGUCGCAGAUGCGGCUGGUAUAGCAGCCAUAGCGAAAUGGCUCCUGGAUUUAAAGAUAAUACUCUAUACCACUGAUAAUGAGACUGUGGAGAACAGACUGUGGUAUCGAAACUGCGAGGAAAAGGACGCGCAACUUAUCGUUAUAUAUACUCGGAAUAUUGACUCAUCUGCUAUCAUUCAGUCCAGGAGAACAGUUCAUCUCCCUGAUGUGACAGUAUUGUUUCGAACGGGUGCUCAGAUGCGACCAUCGCAUGACUAUGUUGUCAGUGGACGUUUAAGAUGGGAGGAGGCCUUAUCUGGCACCUUUCGCGAUGAAUUCGCUGCCCUAAUAGCUUUUCCCAAGUUACUUGGAGCAGCCAUUGGGAGCGCCGCUCGUGUCUUCACAGCCUUAGCUGAGGCUGAUCCAAAUAUUCCAUCAGAUCAGCUCCGUCGACAAAGUGCGUACUUUCCCGAGAGUCAUGGAGAAGACUUUGUGUAUUUUUGCCGGGAACGUUUUCCAGAACUUCAAAAGGCCGACCUAGAAAGCGCCAUGUUUCGAGCAGCUCGUAUCGGAACAUACGAGGAGGCUUUCAAUGCUUUCAAUGAUACAGCAUCCCAGCUAGCGCAAGCUUGCAACUGCAGCACUUGCUGCCUGGGAAAGUAUCCAAGGGCUGGUCAGCAUAUUGCCACCCGUGAGGAGCAACGAUUGAACAGGGACAGUAGCACACGGUGUCUCGUCGUGUUGAUGACGACAAUCAUCCGUUUGGCUCGGGGUCUUUAUGGAAUACUCAGUAUUGAAGGUCUUGGUCCCAGGCGAAAAGGUCUGGAAUACGUCUACCGAGUUCAAACACAACGAAUCCUCCAAGUCAAUACUCGAUCUUCUAAGAAAGGGCGAUUUGUGACGUUUGUUGAUUCACUGAUCGAGUAUGCCAUUCCCAGUACGAUUCAAACAGAGUGUUCCCUUCUUCGAUUUGCCCAGUGGAUUUUCCGCUCGGAGGAAUUUCUCGAGGAACAGGAAGACCCUGGAAUUACCGCCAUUAGCGAUGAUGGAAUAUGUUUUUUUUAUGAUGUUCUGCGAGAUCCUCAGCAAAAAGACCCUGUAAUGCUCUGCCGGGUCAAUGUCAUUCCAGGUCAUAUCCAGUAUCAUCAAAGGGUUUUUCAAGCAGUCAAUGAGAAAACACAGAAGCUUAGCUCUGUCGUAGAUGACGAAAGACCCAACACCGCCCGCACUCACUCCACCAGCUUCCUUCUUGCGCCACUUCUCUACACUCUUGAAAAUAAUCUGAGCUUUGAAGGAAUAACCAUGGCAAAUGUGGCGUUGAUCGGUUGCACUGGCAUGGUGGGAUCACAUAUCCUCACCAGUCUGCUAUCGAACUCCGGCGUGAGUCGAGUUGAUACUAUAUCUCGUCGAACACCUCAAGCAGCUGCCGAUGCCCCACACACAAAGCUCACUACUUUCGUCUCGGACAAGACUGAGACCUGGGCAGAACAGCUUUCAGCCCUCAGCCCAACUCCAGAAAUCUUCAUUUCGGCGUUUGCUACCACAAGAGCCAAUGCUGGUGGAUUUGAGAACCAGCAUAAAAUUGAGCAUGGCUUGAACAUUGAAAUGGCACGUGCUGCGCAUGAUGCUGGGUCCAAGGUGUAUGUCCUGAUUUCGAGCGCCAACGCUAGCAAGGACUCCUCCAUUCCCUACAGUCGCAUGAAGGGUGAGAUUGAGGAGGAUGUCAAAUCGCUUGGAUUUGAACGCACAGUCAUCCUGCGCCCUGGUCUUAUCUCUGGCACUCGAGAGGAGAGCCGCCCCCUGGAGGCCGGAAUUCGAUUUAUUGCUGGGUGGGCUGGAAAGGUCCACUCCAGCUUGAAGGAUGGCUGGGCACAGGAUGCCGAUGUUAUCGCAGAAGCUGCGGUGAAGGCUGGCCUGAAGGCGCUGGAAGGCGAUGUUCCUGCUGGCAGUGAGAAGGUCUGGACUCUUGAUGGCAAAAACAUCAUCACUUUAGCCAAGGAGUGA